UUAUGUUUUGCUUUAAUUCUUUACUUUAUACUUUACAAAUUAUUCUCAGCAUUUUAUUAGCCUAUUUGCCAGAAAUUUUAACUUCAACGACUUAUUUAGAUUCAGUUAAAUUAAUUGCCUGCGAUGGAGAAUUAGCAUCCCUUCAUUGCCCCCCUUAUCAUCAAAUAGUCAUCGAAUCAGCCAAUUUUGGCCGUUUUGCUUUAAAAGAAUGUAAUCCAACAAGAAGGCCUGAUUUUAAUAUUUUUUGCAAUAAUCCAGAAGCUAUAGAUGUGCUAAGGGCUAGAUGUGAACACCGUCAACGUUGUGUUGUGCCCGUAAACUGGGCAAUAUUUCAAUUAAAUCGAAUUAAUAAUAAUGAAAGUUUUGAUCAAUGUCCAGGCACUCCAAAAUAUUUGGAUGCUGUUUAUGGUUGUGAACAUCAAAAUAGCUGUAAUGUAAAAGCUAAUAUACAAGUUUUUGGCAAUAAAUGUCCACAAGUUAAUAAAUAUUUAGAUGUUGUCUAUAGGUGUAUUGAAACAACAACAACAACAUCAAGUACCUCCACAACAACAAAAUUAUCAACACUAAAACCUUCAUUAAAAAUAUCUCCAAAUAAAUUAGAAAAAACUUCGAGUAAUUUACCUUUAGUAAAUGAAUAUGAAACAACGAAAGAAUUAUUAUUGGAUACUUAUGAAGUUAAAAAUGAUGGGGGAGAUAUUUCUGAUAAUGGGUCAGUUCUUCUCUAUCUCUUUUUGGCAAGUAUUUCUGCUGCUUCUGUAGUUUUCUCAAUAUUUAUAGCAUUAUGGGCAUAUUUAAGAAGGAAUAGACGAUUAAAAGAAACAAAAAAUAAGAAAAAGAAAAAGCAUAAUUUAUCAGAAAAAAAUUUAUUAAAUAAACAAGAAGAAGGAAAUUAUGGAGAUUAUGCAACUAUUCCCUAUGAAGAAUUACCCAAAUUUCAAAAAAAUUCCCCCCAAACACUUUCUUAUUAUUCACCUUCAAGUAGCGGUUCUUCUUCUACAACAACUACAGCAACAAAUAAUGGGUAUCCAAUUAGAUUGGGGUUUGUUAAUGGACAAAAUCAAGUUUCUCGUUAUUCUUUUAAUCCUUGUGACAAUUUAAUAAAUAUGCCUGAAUAUGGCCAAAUGCCCUUACAACAUUAUGGUCUUCACCCAAUUCCGCCAUGUUUUCCAAUUCCACCUCCAAAUAUGCCAUUUAAUCGACCUAUUGGACACGAACACAUUCAAAAUUAUCGAUAUUCACCUUCCAGCUCUCUAAGAAGCAGUGGAGGCACAAUGGUCGUUAAAAUGGAUUUUAGUCGUCAAAGGCCUUUAUUUAGUGAACGAAUUGAAGGUUUAAAUGAAAUGGAUGAAGAGUAG